UUUCAACGUCUCACAAGAUAGGGAAUCUCCAAGCUCAUUGGAGGAGACAUGGGAAUGAAAGCUGCAUUAAUCGUGGAAACUGGAAAUGACGGAUUCGAUUCCGACGGCGCUCUGUGGGCGAUCAAAAUGGUGGCUUGCGGCGGGCGGCAUCGCCUCUCCUUUCUCCGUGCCGAGAAACGAGAGAUGCUUCUUUUUUGUUGAUUUCCGCAGUGAGUUCAGCUUUAGAGGUUAGAAAUUUGAGAUGGGAGAGCUCAGCUUUGCUCCGCGAUCAGCCUUUGGUGGUUUCGCUCUAUAAAGAGUUGAAGUAUUGGGUGCCGAUGUUGAGGUUGAUUGAAGGAGGUGGUGUUUGGGGCGCGAAGCCCUAAUUUUUUUUUUAAUCCAAAUAUUGAAGCGUCUGGGAUCGUACUUUUGAUAUUUGAAAUGGGGAAUGUAAGUAGCUUCAGAGAAAGUGGAGAGGGUGGAAGCUCGCGCUCCCCAGCAGGGUCAGACGAUCUGAUGGGGCAGAGCCCGCCGCAAAGCCCUAAAAGUGCAUCGCAGUCGCCUCUCCUCUUCUCUCCCCAGCUUUUUCUUCAGAUCCCAGUUACUCCACUGCAAAGACAAGAGGAGAUGCAAAGCAAUCAAGGAAUGUCAAAUUCUAGAAUGUAUGAUGAUGUCCUCGAUGAACAGGGGAUUCCAACAAUGAUCAACUGGAACCAUGGAGGCAAUGAAGUUUUUGUGGAAGGAUCGUGGGAUAAUUGGAAGACAAAGAAACCAUUGCAAAUGUCUGGCAAGGAUUUUACAGUCAUGGUGGUUCUUCCUUCAGGCUUCUACCAGUACAGAUUCAUUGUCGAUGGAGAAUGGAAGUAUGCACCGGACGUGCCAUGGAUGAAUGACUAUAUGGGGAAUGUCCACAACAUUUUGGACUUGAAGCCGUUUGUUCCAGAGAACUUAGGAGGGAUUGCUGGCCUCGAAACACCUCAGUCACCAGAGUCGAGCUACAACAACCAGCCCCUUGUUUCGGAGGACUUCAGCAAAGAGCCUCCACUUCUACCUCCGCAGCUCCAAGGCACUCUUCUCGACGCACCGGCCUCCAUGGAUUGCCCUUCCUCCCUUGCAAGGCUUCCCCAUGUGGUUCUAAACCAUCUCUACAUCCAAAAGAGCAGUAGUGGUCAGCCUGUGGUGGCACUAGCGAAAACUCAUAGGUUUCUCUCCAAGUAUGUCACUGUGACACUCUACAAGUCCCUGGCAAGGUGAGGAAAAGAAAGGUUGGUCUGCUUUAGUAAUCCCUGUGAUCGAUACUGAAUAAUUUUCUUACUUGAUCUUGGUGUGAAAAGCCUCGAGCUCUUCCUAGUUUUGUAUUUUUGGGUAACAUGAGAUUACAAUUUAGCUAUGACAGACUGAACACACUUGUACUGCAGAUAAAUCAUCAAUUGUCCUUGUGUUGAUUUUUUUCUUCCAUGUGCUGGUUCACACAAGAAGACCGAGACACGAUGAGUUGGACUGAUUCAAUCUCCAUGGCCUCAGCAUUCAAAACACUUGCCAAACCCAGAUCAUUAGUCGCCAUUGACUUGGAAUAGUCCAAUUCUCAUGUCCAGAAGCAGAUAGUGAAGACUUGACUUGGGAGUCAUCUUCUCACCGUGUCUGUGAAAGCAACUUCUCAGCUACGUCACAUGAAAUGAUGGAUGCUCUCAUUACAGCCUUCGCAUAAAUAAAUCCUAUAAAGUGAGAAGAGCCCAAGCCACAAUUCUUCUCCACACUCACCUCGUUCUUGUUAUCAUGGGCGGCAGAAACUUCAUUCAAUCCCUCUUCCUCCUCCUUUCGAUCCUUCUCCUUUUCAUUUUCUCCUACAUUUACUUCUCUUCCAUCGACAGGAAGGUCGUCUUUUUAUUCUGCAACUUGAUCCUUUUUGUUGUCAUAAAACAGAGCGUCGUGGAAGAGGAGGAGCCAACGAAGAUUGAUGCAGCUUUUGAUGGUGGAAAUGAGAAGAAGAGUCAUGUGGCUGUUUCUGUUGAGUUAAUUGAAGUGGAAAAUGAAGAGGAGGAAGGAAAGGUGAGAGUGGAGAUUGAUGAGAAGGAGAGUGGAGAUUUAAUUGAUUGUGGCAAUGAGAAGCAGAGUCAUGUGGCUGUUUCUUUUGAGUUGGUUGAAGUGGAAAAUGAAGAGGAAGGAAAGAUGAGGGUGGAGAACGAUGUUGAGGAGAGAGAUGAGUUCCAGGAGAAGAUUGAGGCGUUUAUAGAGAAAGUGAAGAGCCAAAGGAGAAUGGAGGAUCUUCAGUUGGUGACCGUGUGAAGGAAGAUGGCGAAAAGCUGAACAAUUAAAUUAUUUUUGUUUGUUUUAGAAAUGGAGAAGAGGCUAGAUGUUGAUCCAUAGAGACUUCAAUGUAAAAUAAAUUGGAUAUGUGUUUUUUUUAGAGUAUAAUCGACAAAAUACUCUUGAAGUUGGUAAA